GGGCGACAACUCAUUUGAUAUAGCCACUGGAUAGAGAAUAGAAAAAUUAGUUUCGGGGAUAAAUUCUAUGUGUACGAGGUCUUGGGAUCAAUAUCGGUAUAAUUUUUUCAAAUAUUAGCCACGGACAGGGCAGAUCAGAGCACUGGUUGUGUCCUACGACUAGUAUUCCUCAAUGGCCGAGCUAUUGUCACGCGAGAAGGAACUUUUCAAGAUGAAUCAGGAACUCAACUUGUUGACCCUGACCCCGACUGGGAUGUCAGAUGUCAUUUACCCGACGAAGGGACCGUCUGGACUCACCGCUGGUUUGGGCAGGACGCGUAAUGGCACCUUCCAUCGGCAGAAGGGGCCGAGUACGCUGCUGAAGAAGAAGGGCGCCCAGACAAAGCUAUUGCCAAAGGGAAUGGGAGCAGGAUCUGUCUCGCCGCCAGCCAGGAACUCGCCACCGCCACCUCCGCCCGCGUCCACUCUGCUGAACAGUUCGAAGACGCCGGACUGGAAGAAGGGAAAGUCCAUUCGCACUCCCUCGCCCACGACGGCCCGCUUCGAGAGCAAGUUCAGCACGUUCACGCGGGGCCAGGGCAGCAAGACGGCGACGAUCGUGAAGUACCGGAACCCCAACUUCAGCGAUAGCACCUCGCUGGACAUGAUGCUGCUCGACAACGUGAGCAUAAAGUCGGAUAAAAUCGAGAUGGAGGUCACCCAGAGACGGGAGAGCACCACUGUGGUCAAUGGCCAGGCCAAGAAGCAGCUUACCCAGGACAACUUCAUCAAAUUCCUGAAAGCAAAGGUAGCCAUACUCGAGGAGGAUCAUGCCCAGCAUGCCAGUGAACUUGGCCGCCAGAAGGAGAAGCUAGACCAGGCCCUGGAGGGGCUGCGCAAGUCAGAGAGUCAGCGGGAUCAGAGUCUGCACUCCAACAAGCACCUGGGGGAGCAGCUGCAGCGGGCCGAACAGCAGUACGAGGAGGCCAACCGUCGCCUGAAGGAGCGCCAACAGGAGUUCACCAGCCAGCAGCGCGAGCUGGAGCAGCUGAAGCGCGACAACAAGGUGCUGAAGCAGGGCAAUACAAAUCUGGAGAACCGUCUGACUCGCACCCAGGAGGAAGCCGAGUCCGCCCGCCAGGCCCUCAGCAAAAUGCGCGACGAGCAACGCGACGAAUUGGACUCGCACCGCAAUGAACUGAAGGAAAAGGAAAGCCGCAUCAAGGCUCUGAAACGGCAGCGAGGCGACCUACUGAAUGCCUACAAGAAGCAGCUGUACAUGAUCGACAAUCUGAAGCGGCAGACCAGCUGCAUGGAGCAGUCGGUGGCCAUUGGCUGCGGGGAGAAGGAGUUCAACAAGGUGCUGGAAUGGAACGCCAAGACGUAGUUUUUUGAUUUUAGCUAGAAUACAUUUAAGACUACACACCAAUGUAUAUAAAUGAAUAGCAAUUAAAUUUUAUGGUACAGGUC